GCCUCUCCCUCAACCCACGGCAUCUUCCUCCCUUGUUCCUACCUCAGUGUUUUGUUUCUUUCUCCAUUCUCAUCUACUGCAACACCAUCAAAAAACACAACCCAGAAGGCCAGAAGAGAGUAGCUAUAGCUCUAGUAUGUCUGCUCAAGCUCCCACCAUUCCUCUCCUCACUCCUUACAAAAUGGGAAAGUUCAAUCUAUCUCAUCGAGUUGUUUUAGCACCCUUGACUAGACAGAGAUCAUACAACAAUCUUCCUCAACCGCAUGCCAUCUUAUAUUACUCUCAGCGAACAACCAAUGCGGGUCUUUUAAUAGCUGAAGCCAGUGGAGUUUCUAAUACAGCUCAAGGGUACGCGGAUAUGCCUGGUUUAUGGACAAAGGAACAAGUUGAAGCAUGGAAACCCAUCGUUGAUGCAGUUCAUGCUAAAGGUGGUGUAUUCUUCUGUCAGAUCUGGCAUGCGGGAAGAGUUUCAAAUAGUGCUUUUCAACCAAAUGGACAGGCUCCGAUCUCUUGUACUGACAAGCCACUAACCGCUCAAGUACUAUCUAAUGGUGUUGAUGUUGCUGAAUUCACACCUCCAAGGCAAUUAAGGACAGAUGAAAUCCCACAAAUUGUCAAUGACUUUAGACUUGCUGCAAGGAAUGCAAUCGAAGCUGGCUUUGAUGGGGUUGAAAUUCAUGGAGCUAAUGGUUACCUUAUUGAUCAGUUUAUGAAAGACCAAGUGAAUGAUCGAACAGACCAAUAUGGUGGAUCUCUAGAGAAUCGCUGCCGAUUUGCUCUGGAAAUCAUUGAAGCAGUUGUUAAUGAAAUAGGAGCAGACAAAGUUGGAAUUAGAUUAUCUCCAUUUGCCGACUAUAUGGAAUCAGGGGAUUCAAACCCUGAAGCAUUAGGCCUUUAUAUGGUUCAAUCCUUAAACAAAUAUGGGAUUCUGUACUGCCAUGUGAUUGAGCCAAGAAUGAAGGAAGCUGGAGUAAAGAGUGAAAGUGCUAGCAGUCUUCUACCCAUGAGAGAAGCUUUUAGUGGUACCUUCAUGGCUAGUGGUGGUUUUGACAGGGAAGAUGGGAACAAUGCAGUGGCUGAGGGUCGUGUAGAUCUUAUUGCUUACGGCCGUUGGUUCUUGUCUAAUCCAGAUUUGCCAAAGAGAUUUGAGCUUAAUGCUCCUCUAAACAAGUAUGACAGAAGUACUUUCUAUACUUCUGAUCCAGUUGCUGGUUACACUGAUUAUCCAUUUCUUGAAACCACUGCUUAACUUUCCAGCAGCAUUUGGAGGCUUCAACAGACUUUAUUUUGAAAGUGUGCUGUAAAAAAAAAAAAUAAAUAAAUAAAAAAAAGGAUUACCCCUCUGUU